AUGGCUGACGAUACAACCGAAUACACAGAAUCCAACAUCUGGGAGUCUCCCGGGAAUGAUGAUGGCCCACCGACCUCUCGACCCAGAACUCCUAGAACUCCUAGAACUCCCAAAACACCCAAAACGCCUACCCAAGAGCGCCCAGAGCCCAUCGACCAUGAGGCCGCAUUGCGCAAAGAGCUUGAAGGUGUCCGGAGCAUAAACGAGUCCAUUGAGGGUGUCAUCUCGACCCUGGAACGUGCAGGGGGUAAUAUGAACACUGUAUUGAGCACAGUGAAUAAUGCUUCUGUUCUUCUCAACACCUGGACACGGAUUUUAUCCCAAACCGAGCAUAACCAGCGACUAAUUCUAAACCCUGCAUGGAAAGGCGCAACAGAGGAUAUUGCUGAACAAGAGGCUGAAGCCAUUCAGAAACAGCUGGCCGCUGAACGAAGGGCAGCUGAGGAGGAACAAAGACGCGAGGAGUUGCGACAGCGCCGGGAAGAAGAAGAGGAGAGACGAAGACUGGCCGCGACUGCACCUGCACGAGGAACCAGAGGAACAAGAGGGCCCAGGGGUACCACGAGAGCACGAGGCCGAGCCGCCACCACGAGGAGUGUUAGCUCAAGCUAUACAUCCGAAAGCACUACUUCGAGCAUACCGAGCACUCGCGGUACUUCAAACAUUGGUCGAGGGUUCGGUGCGCGCCGAGCGAGGGGGACCAGAUAA